CGUUGCCAAAGUUACUUUUACCAAAUUCAUAGGUGAAGUUUUCAUAGUCUUAGAUUGAAUUGUAUCAAGGAAUAGUUAGUUUUGUAUUCAGUAUUAUUCGUUUAAAUUAUUAUGAAUAAGAACUUUAAUUGUUUUAAUUGGACUUAUUGGAUUUGUUUGAACAUCAGGCAACCGCGUGGUCGACUUCGUCUUUUAAGAUUUAACAACAUGUAGAGUUAGUCUGUUUAAGUUUAUCGUUGAACUGUGUUUUCAUGUGUGAUUAUUAAAAAAAAUGUGUAGAAUUUCGAAAGUUUUUGUGAUUCUAAUAUGGACUAACGUUUGUUUGGUAUACGGUCGUCGUGGUGGUGGUGGAAGUCGAGGGGGUAGUCGAGGUGGUGGAUACAGUCAUAGCUCUUCACACUCCUACUCCCAUUCAUCACCAUCUUACUCUCACCCAUCGUACUCACAUCCUUCUUACUCUCAUCCAUCCCCAUCGUACUCACAUCCUUCUCCAUCUUACUCCCAUCCAUCCCCAUCGUAUUCACAUCCUUCUCCUUCUUACUCCCAUCCAUCACCGUCGUAUUCUCAUCCAUCUAUAUCCCAUCCGGCCAGUCUUUCGUAUCCAGCUUACAAACCUCUUCCUUCCGCUCCGGUAUAUCGACCAAUCGGAUGGAACACCCAGAGUAAUACGAACACGAGACCCAUCGGAUUCGGAGACAGUCACCCAGGACCUGUUGGUCCACCUAAACAAUCAUCUACACUAGGAAGUUCCUCUUCGAAUAAUGCACCAGCAAUUAGUAGACCAAUAGGAUUCGUUCCACCAGGAUCCCCGGGACACGGUACAGGGGCGGUUGGACCUCCAAAAACAGUUGCUGGCGUUGGAAAUACACCUUCAGGCGGGCAUUACGGAGAACGACCACCAGCCUACAAUCCCCACUACAAUCCAGCAGGUUACGGUUCACCUUCGACAGGUUACAACUUCCCACCUCCAGCUUACAGCCCGGCCGGACAUCCCGCUUAUAGUCCAGGAAGUUAUCACGCUCCUCCAGCUUAUAGUCCAGGAAGUUAUCACGCCCCUCCAGCAUAUACCCCGCACGCGUCACCGGGAGUUACCGUUAUUAAUAAUAACUAUCAUCCACCAGCUUACGUACCUACUUAUCAUUAUAGUACUAUAGAUACAGGUAGCGGGAAUUUGGGAUUCUUCCUCGGUUAUUCCUUAGGUAGACUUACAUCUCCGAGUUUCCAUUAUCAUUCUAGCAGUUAUUACGAUCCAAUACCGAGGUACGACCAUUACACUGUUCAUCAUUACUACCACAACAGUAAUACGGUACCAAAAGAAGCUACCAUACAACCAAACGCGGUAGUUACUUGCGUCGGGGAUACAGGAUCUUUCUGUCCAUCUAAUACCACCUCUUUAUGUACCAAUAACGGAGCCGUGAUGUGCGUAGCUAGCGCUUCGACUACAGUACCAUGUACCGAUGUACAAAAUACGAAUUGCGUCAAAAGUAUGGUACCUUGUUUGAAUAAUACGUCUCCAGAAUGUGCAGGAACUUUGAAAAAAACAACUGACGUUACUAUACCAUGUAUUUCCACUGCUAAAAUAUUCGCUAACGUCAGUUACGUUAAUAAUAGUGUUGUUAUAGUCGAUACUAAUUCGACUAGUAUCGAUAUUAAUAGUACUACUACUGUUUCAACUGUAACUACUACUCCACAACCGACUACACCUCAAACUUUUUGCGUUACUAUUUUAGCCCUACCCGCAGAAAGAAAAAUUCCUGAAAAUGAGAAAGUUAUCGAAAAGGCUGAUCAGAUUUUCGGUAGUUUUGCUACGAAAGUGCUGGGCUUAGCGUGAAGUGCUAGAUUUCUUGUAACAAAAUUUCUUCAGCCCACCCCUUUCCGAGCCAUCACGCUGUAGCGACUACAAUGGAGGUUUUAUUUUUUUUUGCUAAAAUUUAAGUGAAAUAACAGUAAAUAAGUGGUGGUAAUUUAACCCCGCCAUCACAGGAAGACUGAAAAAUAAAAACUCAACUCAAGUCACCAAGUUUUUAGGGUGCAGGGGUGGGCUUAGGAAAUUUUGUUAUAAGAAAGACCAAAUUUUGUCGCAUGAAUUUAGAAACACACUGUAUUCACUCAAUUUUUGCUUAUAAAUCGUCAAACAAUCGAAAUAAUAAGAAUGUUGACUUAUUUUCUCAACUUGUUUUUUUUAUGAACAUGAAAAUAAUAAUUGUAUAUAAAGAGAAUAAAUUUUUAUUAAGAAUAAUUAUGCGUUUUAUCAAAAUUACGAGUUCUCACGAUGGAAUUUAAUAAAAAUCGUAUUUUUUGCAAUUUUGAAAAGUAUCGACUCGCCCUGUAAGUCUUUAUAGACAUAAAGUUACUUGAUUUCUUGUUUCGAGCAAAGUACAAAUAAAAAUCAUUCAACAUUCAAUGAAAAAAUAUUAAUUACAUUCACGUAUGAUGAAAUUCAAUAAAAAUCGUAUUUUCAGUAAUUUUGAAUAGAAUCGACUCACCCUGUAAGAUUUUUCAGACAUUGGGUAACUUGAUUUCUUCCUUGAAGUAAAUUACAAGUAAAAAUCAUUCAACAUUCAAUGAAAACAUAUUAAUUACAUUCAUGUAUGAUGAAAUUCAAUAAAAAUCGUAUUUUCAGUAAUUUUGAAUAGAAUCGACUCACCCUGUAAGAUUUUUCAGACAUUGGGUAACUUGAUUUCUUCCUUGAAGUAAAUUACAAGUAAAAAUCAUUCAACAUUCAAUGAAAACAUAUUAAUUACAUUCAUGUAUGAUGAAAUUCAAUAAAAAUCGUAUUUUCAGUAAUUUUGAAUAGUAUCGACUCACCCUGUAAGAUUUUUCAGACAUUGGGUAACUUGAUUUCUUCCUUGAAGUAAAUUACAAGUAAAAAUCAUUCAACAUUCAAUGAAAAAAUAUUAAUUACAUUCAUGUAUGAUGAAAUUCAAUAAAAAUCGUAUUUUCAGUAAUUUUGAAUAGAAUCGACUCACCCUGUAAGAUUUUUCAGACAUUGGGUAACUUGAUUUCUUCCUUGAAGUAAAUUACAAGUAAAAAUCAUUCAACAUUCAAUGAAAACAUAUUAAUUACAUUCAUGUAUGAUGAAAUUCAAUAAAAAUCGUAUUUUCAGUAAUUUUGAAUAGUAUCGACUCACCCUGUAAGUCUUUAUAGACAUUAAGUUACUUGAUUUCUUCUUUGAAGUAAAUUACAAGUAAAAAUCAUUCAACAUUCAAUGAAAAAAUAUUAAUUACAUUCAUGUAUGAUGAAAUUCAAUAAAAAUCGUAUUUUCAGUAAUUUUGAAUAGUAUCGACUCACCCUGUAAGUCUUUAUAGACAUUAAGUUACUUGAUUUCUUCUUUGAAGUAAAUUACAAGUAAAAAUCAUUCAACAUUCAAUGAAAAAAUAUUAAUUACAUUCACGUAUGAUGAAAUUCAAUAAAAAUCGUAUUUUCAGUAAUUUUGAAUAGAAUCGACUCACCCUGUAAGAUUUUUCAGACAUUGGGUAACUUGAUUUCUUCCUUGAAGUAAAUUACAAGUAAAAAUCAUUCAACAUUCAAUGAAAACAUAUUAAUUACAUUCAUGUAUGAUGAAAUUCAAUAAAAAUCGUAUUUUCAGUAAUUUUGAAUAGUAUCGACUCACCCUGUAAGUCUUUAUAGACAUUAAGUUACUUGAUUUCUUCUUUGAAGUAAAUUACAAGUAAAAAUCAUUCAACAUUCAAUGAAAAAAUAUUAAUUACAUUCAUGUAUGAUGAAAUUCAAUAAAAAUCGUAUUUUCAGUAAUUUUGAAUAGAAUCGACUCACCCUGUAAGAUUUUUCAGACAUUGGGUAACUUGAUUUCUUGUUUCAAGCAAAGUACAACUAAAAAUCAUUCAACAUUCAAUGAAAACAUAUUAAUUACAUUCAUGUAUGAUGAAAUUCAAUAAAAAUCGUAUUUUCAGUAAUUUUGAAUAGAAUCGACUCACCCUGUAAGAUUUUUCAGACAUUGGGUAACUUGAUUUCUUCCUUGAAGUAAAUUACAAGUAAAAAUCAUUCAACAUUCAAUGAAAACAUAUUAAUUACAUUCAUGUAUGAUGAAAUUCAAUAAAAAUCGUAUUUUCAGUAAUUUUGAAUAGAAUCGACUCACCCUGUAAGAUUUUUCAGACAUUGGGUAACUUGAUUUCUUCCUUGAAGUAAAUUACAAGUAAAAAUCAUUCAACAUUCAAUGAAAAAAUAUUAAUUACAUUCAUGUAUGAUGAAAUUCAAUAAAAAUCGUAUUUUCAGUAAUUUUGAAUAGAAUCGACUCACCCUGUAAGAUUUUUCAGACAUUGGGUAACUUGAUUUCUUCCUUGAAGUAAAUUACAAGUAAAAAUCAUUCAACAUUCAAUGAAAACAUAUUAAUUACAUUCAUGUAUGAUGAAAUUCAAUAAAAAUCGUAUUUUCAGUAAUUUUGAAUAGUAUCGACUCACCCUGUAAGUCUUUAUAGACAUUAAGUUACUUGAUUUCUUCUUUGAAGUAAAUUACAAGUAAAAAUCAUUCAACAUUCAAUGAAAAAAUAUUAAUUACAUUCAUGUAUGAUGAAAUUCAAUAAAAAUCGUAUUUUCAGUAAUUUUGAAUAGAAUCGACUCACCCUGUAAGAUUUUUCAGACAUUGGGUAACUUGAUUUCUUCCUUGAAGUAAAUUACAAGUAAAAAUCAUUCAACAUUCAAUGAAAACAUAUUAAUUACAUUCAUGUAUGAUGAAAUUCAAUAAAAAUCGUAUUUUCAGUAAUUUUGAAUAGUAUCGACUCACCCUGUAAGAUUUUUCAGACAUUGGGUAACUUGAUUUCUUCCUUGAAGUAAAUUACAAGUAAAAAUCAUUCAACAUUCAAUGAAAACAUAUUAAUUACAUUCAUGUAUGAUGAAAUUCAAUAAAAAUCGUAUUUUCAGUAAUUUUGAAUAGAAUCGACUCACCCUGUAAGAUUUUUCAGACAUUGGGUAACUUGAUUUCUUCCUUGAAGUAAAUUACAAGUAAAAAUCAUUCAACAUUCAAUGAAAAAAUAUUAAUUACAUUCAUGUAUGAUGAAAUUCAAUAAAAAUCGUAUUUUCAGUAAUUUUGAAUAGAAUCGACUCACCCUGUAAGAUUUUUCAGACAUUGGGUAACUUGAUUUCUUGUUUCAAGCAAAGUACAACUAAAAAUCAUUCAACAUUCAAUGAAAACAUAUUAAUUACAUUCAUGUAUGAUGAAAUUCAAUAAAAAUCGUAUUUUCAGUAAUUUUGAAUAGAAUCGACUCACCCUGUAAGAUUUUUCAGACAUUGGGUAACUUGAUUUCUUCCUUGAAGUAAAUUACAAGUAAAAAUCAUUCAACAUUCAAUGAAAACAUAUUAAUUACAUUCAUGUAUGAUGAAAUUCAAUAAAAAUCGUAUUUUCAGUAAUUUUGAAAAGUGUCGACUCACCCUGUAAGUCUUUACAUACAUUAGAUAACUUGAUUGAUUUAAUUGAUUGAACUAUAAAAUUGUUAUAGUUACGUCACAUCCUAAUAAACGAACCUGUCAAUAUCAAUAAAUCGUGAGAGAGUUUUUAUUAAUACUGACUUACCCUGUAGGUUUUGAAAGACAAUAAUUAACCUAAAUCCUUUCUAUUUGUAAUGGAAUUAAGAGAUAGACUGUUACAGUAUAAAAAAAUUAGACUAACAAGAUAUAACUUUAUUAAUUCGAUCUUUUAUAUCCCUUGGAUGUUUUUCAAACAAAUCUUCCAAAAAAAAAUCAAUCAUAAACCUGUCCAUGAAUAAUUCGCAUUUAUCUUAUCCAUACUUUUGGUCUACCGAAAAUAUUCAACAUAGAACGUCUUCUAUCCGAACUAAUUAGAGUUCCAAGUCGUCCAGAUCUACCUUAUAAAAACGAUGACAGAACCUUUCAACCUUUUGGAUAACCCUUGUAUAUAAUGGAACACUUUUUGCAUACAAAAACUUGAAUUGUGUCUUCUGUUAUCUGAUUAGAAGAAACUGAUCUUCUGUUGUCUUUCUUUGGCGCUAUUCUAAAUCCAAAUCUUCAAUCGAAAAAUCAACUUAGUCUUCGACUUCACUAAUUUAAAGCUUGUAGUUAAUAGGAUCAUCUACUUCGACAUUGUUCUCAUCAUCUACUUCGACAGUUUUUUUAUCGUCUACUUCAACAUUGUUAUCAUCAACUACUUCAACAGUUUUUUCAUCGUCUACUUCGACAGUUUUUUCAUCGUCUACUUCAACAUUGUUAUCAUUAACUACUUCAACAGUUUUUUCAUCGUCUACUUCAACAUUGUUCUCUUCUGUUAUUUUGCAAUAGUCACACUUCUUCUGUUGAAAUGUGAUAGUCUGGAUCUGGCUCAUCUGCUCCUAUCUACAACUCAGUAUACACCUAGUGUAACAGCAUCGUCACACCACAAUGAGUCAGAAUGUUACGUUUCAAAUGGAUAGCGUCUAGUUUGUUUUUUUAGAAUCAAUAGAAAGAACUUGAAAGUACUUAUUUCUUUUGCUAUAAUAAUGUUUAACAUUAAUGAAAGAAGUCUUUGUAGUAGAAAUUUUUUAAAUUAAUAUUAACAAAAAUACUAUAAAAGACAACUCGAUAGAAAAUAAGAAUUAUCUUUAAUUAUAUUGUUCAACUUUCUGUGAUCUUAACGAGAAAAAACGUUUUUGCCAAAAGUUUCUGUGUUAAUAAAUAUUAUCACAUUUAAUUAUUAUGUAAGAAAUGAAAAUAAAGUUUUUAUGG